AUGUUCAGAUAUAAAAUACUCUGGAAUAAUAAUUUACUCAUAUUAAUAAUAAUUAUAACAACUCUAUGUUUAGUAGAUCGAUCAAAAUCAGAUACAGACUUUUAUAAAUAUGGAGGCGAUAGGAAUGCUCAUGAAACAUCAUAUAAUGAGACAUUGUCAUAUAAGUUGAACCCAUAUCUACCUCCACCUGAACCUCAGAAUAUAGAUAUAUGCGAAGCAUUGGUAGAGGAUCAAUGUCUACUCAAUGAAGGUUGUGCACUGUUUCAAAUGGCAUCAUGUUGUAAUGGUCCCAAACUAGUAUGUGUCAACUACUCUGACUACUACUUUGAAGUGGCUCCUGGAUCAUGUCUACUUAACAAACAAACCAACGAAGUAUUCAACCUAUUCUUCAACUAUAUUCCUCCACUAUCUGAUGAUUAUUAUGAACUAUUCAUUCCAUCAAAUGCAUCAUGUAAGGAACUGGAUUGUUUCUCUCAGGGUAUGAUAUGUGCAUUGGUACAUGGCACUUGUAAGAUUGAAGAUUGGUCUUGUUGUGCACCAACGUAUCAAUGUAUAAAUAGGACUAUACCUCAGAAUAUAACAUUGGCACCCAACUAUCAUGAGUAUGAACAACCAUUGGCUGGAAGUAAAUGUGAACUACCAUGUGGACUUGGCUUUGUAUGCAAGGUUGAUGAAGGUAAAUCACGAUGCAUGCCAAAGAACUGCACCUUCUUGGUCUGUGAUGAGUACAGUACAUGUGCCAACCUACCCGACAUUGGAAUAUCAACAUGUUUCCUCAAAAAGAAUGUUCAAGGAGUCUUGGAAUCUUGUUUAAAGGAAACUUGCCCUCCUGGCUUCAUUUGUAUGAGGGGCGAGUUCACAGAUUAUGAUUGUGUUCCAUCACAAGAAGGUUCAUUCGACCAAAACCUUUACAACUGCGAUCAGUGUCCACCCAACUUUGAUUGUAACAAGUUUGAAUGGGGCAUUGUGUGCUCAGAGUCAGUGUCGGUGGAGUCCAUCGUACCUUGUUACCGCAGUCAAUGCACGUACACUCAGUUCUGCAAUCAUACAUCACGUAGAUGUGAGUUUGAAGCAUGUGAACAACAGAUAACAUGUGGACCGAAUAUGACUUGUUUACAAGUGGAUGUUAUACUACCUCGUAUCUGUGUUACAAGUGAAUCCAUUGUACAACAGGACUUCUGGCAACAAGACAUUCUCAAUGGCAUCUACAACACUGCAUCGUACUCACUUCCAGAGUUGACCAUUGUACAAACAACUGAUCCUGGUCCUCAUCAUUACGCAUCAUCCAAUCAGGUUGAUGACUCAGGUGGACAUCAUGGAGCAGGUCAAGGAAAUACUGUAGGUGUCGUUGGAACACCAUCA